AUAUGUUACUUGCAAUUUGAAGCCAAAAAAUUGUAGGUGAUGAGAAACCAGUCAUAAUGUAGCACUAGCAACACCCUGCAAUGAAGAUAUUGAUGGAUAAACUGACAUGUCCAAAAGAGGCAAACAUUGAUGAGUUCACAGCUGUAAACCAACCCCAAACUGUACCCUAUGACCAAACAGUAGUCUCCCUCCAGUCCUGGGGGGACUCUUCCUAUGACCUAUCUCACUCACAGGCUAAGGCCAUUAUCACUGCACCAGCCUUCAUGUGAGCCCCCUUGUCCCCCCCACCCCCACAAUCAGGUCCAUCCCUUCCCUUCAUUUUACACUUUUCAGCAACUCAAAUUGCAUUAAAGCCUUCCAAUCAAAAGCUGAAAGAUCCCACAUUUCCACCAACAUUUUUCUCCGAACCUUGCCAUGGAACUCCGCAAAUAUUGGGUUCCCCUGUUUUUCCUCGUGAUUUUCUUCCUCGCUUGCAACUCGAGUCCUCAAUUAGUUUCAGCUCAGUCCGAAGAAUCGUUGGAAUGGCCAAUGUCGAUGUCCGGCCUCUACGACGAGGAACUAGAAGACGGCGUGACGUCAUCUAGCCGGAGAUCCCUACUCUGGAACAGAGCCAAAUACUACAUUUCGUACGCGGCGCUUUCCGCCAACAGAAUCCCCUGCCCACCUCGCUCCGGUAGGUCCUACUACACCCACAACUGUUAUUUUGCUAGUGGCCCUGUCCACCCUUAUACCAGGGGCUGCUCCGCCAUCACUCGCUGCCGGAGAUGAUUUAACAAGUCAGCAUUUUCCAGUCUUAUUUAGUUCGUAUGAUUCGGUUCACUGACUUCGGUCCGUGUGUUAAAUUAAACUGCUGAUUUGUCAGGAAUGCAAAUUAAACUGUGAUGUUUGUUCUUUUGACUUGAAUUUGGCAGAGCAAAUGAACUGGAGUUUUGCGUUUAUGAGAAUCUAGAUGCUUUUUAACUCCAUUGUGACACUGCUUAAGGCCCGAUUAUAGGUGCUAAACUGUGUUCAUUGUGUCGUAUGUGUACUGUUCUAGACUUCUAGACUGCAAGUGAUGAUGACCUUUUUUUCUUUUUUUUUUUCCCUUCCCUACCUGGAUAAAUGUAGAUCGUGAUAAAUGAACAUUUCAUUGUCACAAGUUCAGGUUAGAAAUGAGUCUGACCUUUGUUGUAUGGCGUUCGAUGAAAUUAGUGGGUAUUUUGGACAGAUUCGUUCUGUUUAGUUUGGGUUCAGUAACCUCUGCUGUUAACACUACUAAUAAGAUUCAGCUGUGAUUAUUG